GACAAAUCGACGGCGCUCGCGCUGCCUUUGGCCUGCUCUCUCGUCUGCCCUGCGCCCAUCACUUUGCCGUCGGUCAUUCAUCAUCCAUCACUACUCUGUUCCCUGGUCUUGCGUCAGACGCCCAAGACGAUCGCUUUGGACCAAUUCGGCAAUCAAAAGCCACGUAGCAAUGCUCGCACAGCUGUCAUGAUCGUGCGCUGAUGGAGCAUACAGGGGUCCCACCAUAGCUCUUUCAAUCUAGAAUAUCGACCUUGAAAGCAAAAGCACGCCUAGUGGUCGCUCGUCAACAUGUCUGCAAUCCUGGCUGGAGACCCUGUUGCUGCGGCGCAGCACCAGCAGCAGCUCGAUUCGCAUCCAUUGGCGGGCCCGCCCUCGCCGGAGCUCACGGAAGGAUCCAACGACGCUAGCCAGCUGCCACCCUCUUUCCAGUCUGGAGGUACUGUACGCGGCUUUGGCACCCUCCGAGCCGGGCCCUCGUCGAAGGCGGCGACAAAUGGGCAGAGACCCAACUAUUUUGAUCUCCGGCGGCUGGCUGAGCAAGCCGAGGCCGAAGAGGCGCAGAGGAAGGCAGCCGCCGAGGCCACGUCAGCCUAUGCACCUUCCUCAGCUGCCAGCUCAAGGGCAAGCGAUGUCGGCGGAGAAGAUGGAGACCGGGAGGAUCACGGACAGAGCAGCCUCGCUGACGAGGACGAGGAAGACGAGGAACCCCCCAAGUGGCUUCGUACCUCGAGGCCGCCGUCUCGGGCUGCCCUUGCUUCUCGUCACACCAUCUUCGCAGGAGGAGCACUGAAUAGACCAAGCUCUCGAGCAAGCGUGCAGUCGCCCUCGUCGAUGCCACGUCGCGCUCAGCAUGACCUCUUCGCCGACAUGGAGGCAGCUGAGAGUCAGAGACAGCUGACCCCCACUGUAGGUGGAGCGUCGUUCGAUGACCGGGCCGAAGACUACGGCGAGGGACGCGCAGAGGGCGAGCACAGCCUUCAGCUCCUCUGCUCCCUUCGACUGAUGUCCGACGAAAACAUCGACCGACAUCGUGCCCUGGCAGCACGUCGUCAAUCGAGUAAUACCAUCCAGCGCCCGCAGCCCGCUCGCACGUCUUCGUCUGGUCAAGUGCGCAAACUAGGCACCGCUGCAACAUCUUCACCAUCGCAACCCACUGGGUCAUCCCCUUCGAAUCCCAACAACAACCUCGUCAGAGAGCUCUCGAAUGCGUUGAAAACGGCAGUGGAGCAGGCCAAUGCAGCCUCCGCUGCCAAUCAGCAGGGCAUUCGUCGCCAGGCCACUGCGCUGGCGGCGCAGCAGAAGCGAAGCGAGGCGAGAGAGGCUGCUCUCAAGGACAUUAUGCUCUCUAUGGGUGUAUCCGAGGCCAGGAUCACUCGGGCACUCACCCAUGCCAGUGCCCAGGCAGAGGUGCCCGUCUUUCGAGCCGACGAGAGAUUGGCAGACAAUCUCGUGCGCUCGUCACCGCAGGACGUAAGCAUGCCAUCGUCGAGCAAGUCAUUGAAAGCAUUUGGCGGCGGUGAUGACGAGCAGCUGCCACAAUCACUGCGCGAAGCCAUGUUAGAGGACCUCGAGAGCGGCCUUGGCAUCGACAUGAACCCUAAGGCGCAGCCCACCAGCGUCAACCUUGAUCGUCCACUCUCGGCCUCUGAUUCCUCGUCCCAGGCUGUUGCGACAGCACACGCUGCCAAGAUUCGACAGCCUGUCGCCAUAAAGGCAUCGGAGACUGCAUCUUCACGCACUUAUGCAUCAGCAUCACCAGCCCCCUCACAGAAUUCAGGCAAGAGCGUCAAGUCGUCUUCGCCUUCCAAACAGACAGUAGGAUCGCAGCCAGCCUCGAGCAGUACAGCAAAUAGCUUCGGAUGGGCGAGCAAUCUUGUGCCCUGGGGAUCUGGUAGCGCUACGAGCAAAAAGGCGGCAGCCAGCGUGCAAGCACACAGCCCCGCUGCCGUCGAAGCAGAUGGCUACCUUUCUGACGGUGCGGGCCGCAGAACGAGUCCGCCGCGGUCUCCGACGCCGCGGCGGCCCCACACACGCUCAGCAUCCAUCUCUGCCGUCUUUUCCAGUAUCAACGAUGACGACGAUGACGAUGUCAAGACAGCUCUCAAGGCUCCAUCGUCGAGCUCGACCGGCAGUGCUGCGAUGGGCUUUGGCCUCCUCGGCAGCCUGGCAUGGCGCCCCAGGAAGUCGUCGGGACCUUCGAUACGCGCAACCGCUCACACCGUCGACGCCUCCUUGAACAAGUCGGAGCCAGAUUCGCCCGUGUCUCAAUUUGCUUCCUCAUCGGUCCUCGAUAACGAAAGUGUCGUCGAGACGCUGGCCAGCGAAUCAGACUCGCCGUUCCGGGACAACAAUGAGGACACUAUUAGGGCGAAGGCGUCGCCGCUGAGACCUCAGGCUCAAUACACCCUCUCUGGGCGCGACGUGAGCCAGGCGCUCCACGAGGCAAUUGAAUCACCGCCGGGAACGCUGGCCGUCGAAAGCCUGCAGAGACAGCUGGCUCAUCAAGAUCGCCCGAAUCCGCCUCAUUUCAAGGCAAUCUUCCUCGCCACCAGGAUCAUGACGCCAGACCCUACUAGUCUUCUCCUAGACAGCGGCAAGCGUACCUCGGAACUUGUGGCCACGCUUGCCAUGAGGCUGGUGGGGAGAGCCAGGGAGGAAGGCAUUGUCGUUGAAGAGAAGAGCAACGGUGUACAGGCCACUAAUCGACGACCAUCGAUGCCUUCAAGACCACCAUCACGGUCUGCAGUGGCGAAAGGGCGGGGAGGAACUUCGAGCGCAGACAAAUCGGCCACUGAUGCGCUCAGAGACAUUGACGCCCGACCCUCGCCCCCUGCGCCUGUCUCGACCUCGGCCUCUUCUUCGACUGCUGCGACCUUGGGCCGAGCAUUGGGCAAGUACAGAAAGGCAAUGUACAACCAGCAAAAGUCCAGCACAGCUUCAAUAAGCGACAAGAUUGAGCCAAACGUCACAAGGCUACCGCAGAUGUUUGGUCUACCAGCCUCAGCAGAGUCAGAGAAGGCAGAGAAAGAAAUGAAGCAAGCCAGCGAACCCGUCAACAAAGGAGUUGCACCGUCGGUCGAACUGGAACCAAUCCUGCCAAACGAUGUCAAACCGCCGACGCUGGCUGUCUUUGCCCGUCGAGGUGCCGCCUUGAGGAGUCUUCCUCGAGCCAAGCGAUCUGGGCUGGACCCGCUCGAUGAGGAGGAAAGUUCUGGCGAUGAAUUCGAAGUAUAUGGAGGCAAGGGGCUCGAGCAGGAACCGCCGGAGCCCGUCGGCUCGCGCUUCCAGGACACCUCAGAGCUCCUCACGGAUCGCUACGGCUUUGUGUACGAUGCAACGCCGGCCGACGUGCGGCUGCUACGCAGGGCUAGGCGUGCGGCGACGCCGGCGCCUGCCUGCUUGACAGGCAUCAGAGUCGGGGUGAGAGCGAGGGGAGGCAGCGACAGCCAAAGCGACGAAGAGGACAAAGACGAAGGGAAUGAAGCGGAUGCAGACAGCGAUGAAGCAGAAAGCACGAAGGAGCUAGAGGAGAGAGAAGGAGAAAGAAAGGCGACAAAGGAUGACGCUGAAGCGAGAGAUGUCAAAAGCGGCGAAGAGCAGGGCGUUGGUGAAGACUCCGAUGUAUCUAACAGCGGCUCGCUACAUACUACCUCGUCCCGAAAGACGGCGGGAACAUCGACAACCAACGGUUUGCUUGCAAUUGCCCCGCCGAAGCCCGUCGCUCAGGCCUUUCAGCUCAGUGUGCCCUCUCAGACCACCUUGGCGCCUGGUCCAACCAGUCCCGAGGAAGAGAGGGAAAUGCAAUUCCCCACCGGUCAGCCAAGCACUUCGUCACCGUCAGCUGCACCCGCGCAAGGGCGAGUGGGAGAACGGCCUCACUCCACCUCCCAAACGGUCAAACGCCUGCUCGGCCAGCUUCAGGAGAUGCAUGAGACGCAGCAGUCGACACAGCAGGCCCAGUGGGAUGACUUUUUGAGGAGAAGACGAGAGAACAUGCGCCAGAGGAGAGGAGCGGAGAAAGAUGUUCCCAGCAGAAAGACGGCCACGUCACUCGCAGCCGAUGUGGUCCGAAAGGGGAGCGGAGCGCUGGGGCUUGGUGGAAAUGCGGAUCAGACCAAUGUGCUCGUUUCGACGCCUCCUGUGGAGAAGGCCCCUGAAGAGGAUUGGUCGGUCGGUCUCGUCGGCUUCUCGCAGCUGACAGCCCUUGCCAACGCAUCUUCUGCCUCACAAUCGGCCCCAUCUUCCUCUUCUGGCGUGCCGACUUCCGUAGGCAGCGCAGGUCAAGGGGCGGUACAGCGUGCCAGGACCGACCUCGCCGAGUUCUUACGGCUGGUGCAAGGUGGUAUCCCCCUCGUUUACCGAUCCAAGAUCUGGGUCGAGUGCUCGGGAGCAAACGAGGUUGCAGAACCGGGGAGGUAUCAGGAACUCCUCGAUGAGCACGAGGGCGAGAGCAACCAGUGCACAGACCAGAUUGAUCUCGAUGUGGGAAGGACGAUGCCCACAAAUGUCUACUUUGGAGGGGAAGGUCCUGGCGUGGUGAAGCUGAGGAGGCUUCUCGUGGCUUUCUCGUGGUACAACCCUAGAUGCGGCUACUGUCAAGGUAUGAACAAUCUGGCUGCUACGCUGCUCCUUACACAUUCGUCAGAGGAAGAGGCAUUUUGGGUGCUGGUCUGCAUUAUCGAGAAGAUCCUCCCAGCCGAAUACUACACGUCGCACCUCCUCGUGAGCCAGGCAGAUCAGCGCGUGCUCAUCGACCUCGUCGACGAGCUCCUUCCUCGCCUAUCGGCCCACGUCCAAGAUCUCGGCGUGGACCUCCCCGCCGUGACAUUUGCUUGGUUCUUGAGCCUCUACACCGACUGUCUGCCCGUCGAGACGCUGUUUCGAGUUUGGGACCUCCUCUUUGUCGAAGGCAGCAUCGUCCUCUUUCGUGUCGCGCUGGCCAUCCUCAUCAUCAAUGAAGACCGCCUCUUGGCGGCCGAUAGUGCCGGUGGCUUCUACGGCGUCGUGCACAGCAUGACAUCGCACCUCUUCGCCGUCGAUCGCCUCGUCUUGCUCGCUUGCGGCGCGGCAGAGGGUGGUGCAUCCGGAGGACUGAAAGACAAGAUCAGUUUCGAGAAGGUGGAGAGGAGCAGAAAGAAGCAUGUAGAGAUGCUCGCAAAGGAGCUGGGACUGGAGAGCACUGCAGGAGACAGUGCAGUGGGUGGCGUCGAAGCAUCGUGACGUCGUUCCAUAUCAACAUCAUCAUCAUCAUCAUUCAAACACUUAUUCAUUCAAUUAGCAGCAUUACGAGACUUGGUACCUGAUCUGUAUAGUAUCUCCUUUCUCUCCUUGAUCGAUC